UUACACACAGGGGGGACGGGUUUGUCCAGUCAAACACAACACACGGGCUGUCAUUUCACCGCAGUUGUGUUGGGAUUGAGAGAGGAAAUUAAGGAAAUACCGAAGAAGAAGAAAAGACAGGCGAAGAAGAAGAAGGUCGCAGCCGUCGGCGCUAACUGAAACUUUAAAAGAUGGAUCACUCGUCCAGUAACAACCGGUUUCGGUCCACAAUCUUCAACCACGACGAUGAGGACCAGGACAAGGAAUAUGUGGGUUUUGCGACGCUGCCGAACCAGGUGCACCGCAAGUCAGUGAAGAAGGGAUUUGACUUCACACUCAUGGUGGCAGGGGAGUCCGGCCUAGGAAAGUCCACCCUCGUCAACAGCCUCUUUCUCACAGAUCUGUACAAAGAUAGGAAGCUGCUCAAUGCUGAGGAGCGAAUAACACAAACAGUAGAAAUCACCAAACACACGGUGGAUAUAGAAGAAAAAGGUGUCAAACUGAAGCUCACCAUCGUGGACACCCCUGGGUUUGGGGAUGCUGUAAACAACACUGAAUGCUGGAAGUCAGUGGCUGACUACAUCGACCAGCAGUUUGAGCAGUACUUCAGGGACGAGAGUGGCCUCAACCGAAAGAACAUCCAGGACAACCGCGUGCACUGCUGCCUCUAUUUCAUCUCACCCUUUGGUCAUGGCCUCCGGCCUUUGGACGUGGAAUUUAUGAAAGCUCUGCACGAGAAGGUUAACAUCGUCCCCAUCUUGGCCAAAGCAGACACACUCACCCCCACUGAGGUCAAGAAAAAGAAAAUUAAGAUCCGAGAGGAGAUUGAGCAAUAUGGUAUCAAGAUAUACCAGUUCCCCGACUGUGACUCGGAUGAAGAUGAGGAAUUUAAGCAGCAGGACCUUCAGCUGAAGGAAAGCAUUCCCUUUGCAGUGAUCGGCAGCAACACAGUGGUGGAGGCCAAAGGGAAGAGGGUGCGAGGCCGUCUGUACCCCUGGGGCAUCGUAGAGGUGGAGAACUCUGCACACUGUGACUUUGUGAAGCUGAGGAACAUGCUCGUUCGCACACAUAUGCAAGACCUGAAGGACGUGACCCGGGAGACUCACUACGAGAACUACAGAGCCCACUGCAUCCAGAGCAUGACCCGCAUGGUUGUGAAGGAACGCAACCGCAAUAAACUAACCAGGGAGAGCGGCACAGACUUCCCCAUCCCCGCAGUGCCCGGAGUGUCGGACAGCGAGACAGAAAAGCUCAUCCGAGAGAAAGAUGAGGAGUUGCGGCGGAUGCAGGAGAUGCUGCAGAGGAUCCAGGAUCAGAUGCACACUCAGAAAGACGGCUAUUAACACAGGACAACACCGUGUACGUGUGUCUCUGAAACUGGGAUUAAAAAAGAAAAAAAAAAAACUCCCAGGAAACCUUUAUUCCUUGCUAGAACAUUGACAUCCUGACGUGUCCACCCAAUCACCACUCAACCUCAUCAACAGCACGUUACACUUGGAUCAGGGACCCGCGAGGCGUUGGUAAGAUGUUCUGACAUUUUCACCUUCCUUUAUCCUCUCUGACAUCACGGCACUACUGCUGCAAAACACUCAACCCUCCACUCCACUCUUUGUGUCCUGUCAAAACUUUACAGUAAUGAAGGAAAGGUUUGUCUCUUCUUAUGUUUCAAAUAUCUGUUUAUUUACUCACAUGACCACGAGGUUAUUUUAUUUUAUUUUUUACAUGAGGUCUGAAAUGAGGUUUACAUGUGGUGACCUGUUCAGAUUUUUUAAGCACACUUUUCUGGUGCAAGUGUUUAUUUUUAUUAUCUCUAUAGGUCAACAUGCAUACUGUAAUAAUUUAAUUUUCUAUAUUAAGCUCAUAAGCAUUUGUUUCAUCUUUUAUAUGUUCCUGGUUUUAUUUAAGUUACCCUGCUUGAGGAUGAUUAUUUUAUGCAGAUUUUCUGUCAGGUGAGGUCCCUGCAGGUCCAUAUGAUUUAAUUUAAAGGGGAACUAAGCCCGUUUUCAAAUUCAUAGAUGUUAUUCCUAUGGUUCAAAACAGUCCAAAAAUAGUAAACAUGAAAAACUGUCCAAAAAUGUAAAGUCAAAUUUAUGAUGGCAUUAAGUAUAAAGUAUAGCUGCUCCAUACAGAAUGAAUGGUGAAAAAUGUUCGAGAUGACACAGAGCAUCAAGGGAAAUUUUCUGAGAAUAGACGGAAUAACAGUGUUUGUUUUCAUGUCUUUUGGGUGGAGAACCCCUCUGUCAUUUUUUAACUGCCACCUAAAAAAAAUAGUUUAAGUGCACACUAUAUUUGAAAUAUUUUCACCACUUUACCUUUCAGUCAGACAGCUCUUUGCAGCGGGAAACCGAAGU